UACUUGACACAGUCAUUGGGUGCUAUUUAAUUCUUCAAUUACCAAUAAUGGCACUUCCACUAGCAUUUGCACAUGCUGCACUUUUCUUCUUUACGGUGGCAUCGUCUUCAUCAGCGACGUCAGAUUCGCAGCUCUCUGGAUGCUUCGAUUCCGUUGUUAGCUUCGGCGGUUCGUUAUCCGACACCGGCAAUGAUCUUAUCCCCGAGAUAUACCCUGGACCCUGCUUCUCUGCUAACCCGCCCUAUGGCCGGACGUACUUCCACAACCCUACCGGAAGAUUCUCCGACGGUCGCGUCGUCAUUGAUUUCAUCGCGCAAAGCGUGGGGCUGCCUCCACUCAAAUCUUACUUUUCCGAAGCUCACGAAAAGCCGGAGAAACGUCCCCGGAGCUUCAGCAGCGGAGUUAAUUUCGCGGUGGCUGGAGCGUCGGUGCUUCCCCAUGAGUUCUUCCGGAAGAUUGGAAGUCUGAGUAUGUCCACCAAUGUCUCUCUGGGAACUCAAUGGGAAUGGUUCCGAAGCUUUUUGGCCGGACUUCCAGAUGGUCGAAAGUACUUGAAAAGAUGUUUGAUUGUAUUGGGACCACUUGGAGGCAACGACUACAGCCAUCUCCUGGUUCAGUUAGGGAAGACUCUUGAUGAUGCGCGAAUGCUUGCUCCUUUACUUGUUAGCCACAUUGGAUCCACCAUCGAGGAGCUGAUCAAGCUUGGAGCUGUGACGAUUCUUGUUCCUGGGAGUUUGCCCGAUGGUUGCAUGCCUGCUAUGCUACUCUUUUAUGAUGAGAUAUCCAGCACACGAGAUGACUAUGAUCCCCAAACUGGUUGUCAUUAUGGGUUAAACAAGCACUUACAGUACCAUAACGAGCUUCUCCAAAAAGAAUUGCAGAGAAUAAGAAAACUUCAUCCUAAUGUCAACAUAAUGUAUGGAGAUUAUUAUAAUGCAGCAAAUCGAAUGUAUCUCUCUCCCAACCAAUUCGGAUUUGGAAACCAAGUUCUUAUGGCUUGUUGCGGAGCUGGAGGGACGUACAACUUCGAGCCAGCCAAGCAGUGCGGCGGAAAUCCUCAAGCAACAUCCUGUCGAGACCCGGCCGAGUAUAUUAAUUGGGAUGGGGUGCACAAUACAGAGGCGGCCAAUAGAUUCAUAGCCCAAGGAUUGUUCCAAGGACCGUAUACCGAUCCUCCUUUCUCGACCAUCUGCCUUAAUUCCACAUUGAAGCGUCGCGCCAUUGCCGACUACUAAGACUCGACUCGACUUGUCUCUGUAGUAGGCUAGAUGCUGAAAGUUUAGUGCAUGCAUUAUGCAUACAUGUCGUUUAUUGUUAUGGAUUUUCUUUACAAAGUGUUUUUUAUUUUACAAAAUUUUGGUUCUACCAUAAAAAAUCAAAUCCAACGCAUCAUAU